UCUGUCUACCUGGGCAAAACACCGCGAAAAUAGUUUGUUUGCCGUUUAGUGUCGCUAAAACCUUCUUUUGUGCUAGGAAUGUUUUUUGAUUUUAUGUAAAUUUACUUAAAAGUUUGUUAGUUCGAGUGUUGUAGACGUUUUUAGAGAACUGCGUUUGUAUAAUUUGAAAAUCCCUUGGUUUUUGAAUUAAUUAAAUAAAAUUAUCCUAAACAAAUGUGGCAGCUGCUCUUGUUUUGUGACUGUGGAUUUUUUUAACUGUGACGUGCAAUUUUUAACUUAAGGAUAUGAGUUGCUAAAGUUAUUUGGAGAUAUCAAUUGACGUUCAGAUCCGAACAGAAAUCAACAAAACUACCUCGUUAUAAAACCACCAAAACCGAAAAUAUGGCGUUCAUAAAUUUACCUUGCCUUCAUAUUCCAAAACGCUUCAACAUAGCGGUGAUGCUCUUUAUGGCAUGUCUCAUGAGUUAUAUGAUGCGUGUCAAUCUUAGUAUUAAUAUUAUUGCUAUGGUCGAGCAGACGCACUCAAAUGCCACCGAACCGCUGCCAAAUUACGGUCCUCGCUACAACUGGAGUCAAACGGACCAAGCCAACUUGCUGGGUGCUUACUUCUAUGGCUAUAUGAUCACCUCACUGCCAGCGGGCAUGUUGGCUGAGAAUUUCGGAGGCAAGCCGGUGGCAGGUUGGAGUUGCUUGGGUGCCGCCGCAUUAACGGCGCUGACACCACUUGCUGCAGCUUGGGAUAAAUGGGCGGUAUUCGCCAUACGUUUCUUGAUUGGUUUCUUGGGUGGUGUAGUCUAUCCCUGUUGCCAUAAUUUAGUCUCAAAAUGGUCGCCGCCCGAUGAGAAAGGAAAGUUUGUUGCUGCACUAAUGGGUGGCACAUUUGGCACUGUGAUAACAUGGCCCAUUAGCGGCAUGCUGAUCGAGGGUUUGGGCUGGGACUGGGCUUUCUAUAUGGUUGGCCUAUUUGUAUUGAUUGUUACUUUGGUUUGGUUUUACAUUGUCGCAGAUAGCCCAGCACAACAUAACUCCAUAACGAUCAAGGAGCGUGAAUACAUUGAAAAGAGCCUCGGUGAUACUAUCACUACCAAGAAGAGGUGGCCACCAUAUAAGAGUCUCCUUAUUUCGCUACCCUUCUGGGCGCUACUGCUCUUACAUUAUGGUAGCAUGUGGGGUUUGUUCUUCCUAAUUACGGCUACACCUAAGUUCCUCAGUGAAGUGCUCGGUUUCAAUUUAUCCUCUGCCGGCUUCCUCUCCAGCUUGCCACAUUUGGCUCGCUUGUUGUGCGCUUUUGGUUUUGGUGCCGUCGCCGAUCUCAUUCGCCGCAAGAAUUGGUUGUCUGUGACGGCAAUGCGCAAAGUGUUUUGCUUGUCGUCACAUAUUCUGCCGGGAAUAAUGCUCAUUGUACUGGCAUUUUUCGGCAGAGAUCCCUACUUUUGUGUCGCCGUUAUGACGAUCUCAUUAGGCUUCAACGGUGCGGCAACAUCUUCCAACCUUCAAAACUCUCAAGAUUUGGCGCCCAACUAUGCAGGCACACUGUACGGCAUCAUUAACUGCGUUGGUACCACACCUGGUAUUUUCUCACCAAUGAUAGUGGCUGCCUUUACCAAAGAAAGCAAUACCAUCGAUCAAUGGCACAACGUGUUUCUGAUAGGUGCUGCAGCCUACAUAAUACCCGCAGUGAUAUUUUGGCUCUUCGGUUCGGGUGAAAUACAGAAAUGGAACGAAAUCGACAAGAAAAAGUCCAAGGACGAUGUUGUUAAUACAAAACUGUAAAAAACAACUGAAAGUGAUAACCUAUCGGAUAUUCUGGUAUUAUUGUAAAUCUAUUUGUAAUUUAAGCUUUAAAAUAUAUGUAUAUACAAACAUAUAUUUUAGUGAUAUAUAUCUAAAACUGCAAACUGUGAAUUUAAUAAAUAUUGCGCUGAUAUUUAAACAGUUUUAAAAGAUCAUAAACAAA